GAGAAUCUCUGCCUCAGCGCAGAAAGAAGAUGGGUUCCAUGGAAGACCUUGACUAUCCUCAACUAAUCUUGCAAUACAACAGUGGAUUUUUAGUCUCAAAGGUUAUGUUCACUGCCUGUGAGUUGGGGGUGUUCGAUCUUCUGCUGGAGACAGGAGAGGCUAUGUCUUCAGAUACCAUUGCUGCACGCUUGGGUACCAGCUCCACAGGGAUGGAAAGACUGCUGGAUGCCUGUGUGGGAUUGAAGCUUCUGGCAGUAGAGCUGACACAAGAAGGAGUCUUCUACAGAAACACAGAAAUCUCCAACAUCUACCUUACAAAAUCAAGCCCCAAGUCUCAGUAUCAUAUUAUUAUGUAUUACUCCAAUUCAGUCUACCUGUGCUGGCACUACUUGGCUGAUGCUGUGAGAGAAGGAAGAAACCAGUAUGAAAGAGCUUUUGGCAUUUCUUCUAAUGACCCUUUUGGAGCAAUGUACAGAUCAGAAGAAGAAAUGGUGAAAUUCAUGGCUGGCCAGAACUCAGUAUGGAGUAUAUGUGGCAGAGAUGUUCUUGCUGCGUUUGACCUUUCCACUUUCACACAGAUCUAUGAUCUGGGAGGAGACUUCUUCAAUGAUUCGAUUCCAGAAGCUGAAUUAUAUAUCUUAUCCAAGAUACUGCAUGACUGGGAUGAUGACAAAUGUAGGCAGCUACUGGCAAAAGUUUACAACGCUUGCAAACCUGGUGGUGGAGUGCUGCUGGUUGAAUCACUUCUGAAUGAAGAUAAAAGUGGGCCUUUAGAAACCCAACUAUAUUCAAUGAAUAUGCUGGUCCAGACAGAAGGGAAAGAGCGAACAUCAGCAGAGUACAGCAAGCUUCUUGAGGCAGCUGGCUUUGGAGAGAUUCAAGUCAAGAGGACAGGAAAACUCUAUGAUGCUGUUUUAGGAAGGAAACAAUAGUACCCCUUUUUUGUACCUAACAGGACAGAAUAAGUGGAGAAAUGUGAUAUUUUCUUAGAAGGAAAUCAUCAGGUUAGCUUUUAGUUAAGACAGCCA